AUGUCGUCCCUCCUGAAUAACACCAAGAGUUUGUGGCGAAGAUCCAUUAGGCUCCCCAAAACAAGUUCUGAUUCUAGUUCUAAAGCUGGCACGAAGCCGGGCCCUGCUGGCACGGGGACCGACCACCUCGUCACAAUCGCAGUAAUUGGCUGUGGUCAAAGAGGAAAGGCAUACACGAGAUAUGCACUUGCCUGCCCUGACCGUUGCAAAGUAGUCGCUAUUGCUGAGCCUCGUCCCAAAACGCAGAAGUACUUUGCUGAUCUCCACCAGGUUGACCAAACUCUUGUGUUUAAUACCUGGCAGGAGCUUCAUGCUGCAUCUGCUGAGACGAUCUCAACCGUCGGAAAGCGGUUGGCUGAUGCGGUUCUGAUCGCUGUCCAGGACCAUCUUCACGCCGAAGUUGCUGUUGCCUUUGCAGAUCAGGGGUAUCAUAUUCUCUGUGAAAAACCUAUGGCUACAAACCUUGAGGAUUGCAUAGCGAUCGAUAGGGCUAUCAAAGAUGCAAGGAAAAUAUUUGGUAUGGGACACGUCAUGCGAUAUUCGCCUUAUAGCAGAGAAAUCACUGAAAUUAUUCGCUCUGGCUCUCUUGGUGAAUUGAUAAAUAUCGUUCAAGUCGAACCUGUGGGCUACUAUCACUUCGCACAUUCUUAUGUUCGCGGGAACUGGGCAAGCGAAGAAGCAAGUUCAUUUUCUCUCAUGACUAAAUGUUGCCAUGAUAUCGACCUUAUUUGCCACUGGUUUUACCCGGCAAUUCCAAUUAAGGUCUCUUCAUUCGGUUCUUUACGGCAUUUCCGAAAGUCUGCAAAACCCCCUGGCGCUGGAGAUGCAACUCGCUGCAUGGAGUGCCCGGCAGAGAAGGAAUGUCCCUACAGUGCUAAGAAAAUCUACUUGGAUGAAGUAUCCCAAGGACAUGUGGGCUGGCCCGCUUCCGCCAUCGUCGACGGAAUACCCGAUAUCGAAAACAUUACAGAAGCCCUCAAAAAAGGGUCAUACGGCCUUUGUGUUUACGAAAGUGCCAAUGACGUCUGCGAUAACCAAGUCGUCAACAUCGAGUUCUCAAACGGAUCGACUGCCUCUUUCACCAUGGUUGCAUUCACUGAAGCUAUCUGUGACCGGAGAACCAGGCUGCACUUCAGCCAUGGCGAGAUCAUUGGCGACAUGAAUACAUUUACCGUCAAUGACUUCAAGAAAAGAACUAGCAAGGUCCAUCACCCAAAGUCCGAAGGGGGUGGUCACGGAGGAGGAGAUAUGGGCCUCAUUCGUUCUUUUGUCGACGCAGUGUUAUCAAACGAGCAGGAAUUGCUGGGAACAAACUCCAGCGAAAUAUUGAAGAGUCAUCUAACCGUCUUUGCUGCGGAAGCUAGCAGAAGAGAAGGAGUGGUUAUUGACUGCGUAGACUUUGAGAAGAAGGCAAGGGAUAGAUGGGAACAAGCCAAUGUUUAA